AUCCUCCAAUCACAGCUCGCCUGGUGCCUUAGCCCCGCCUUCCUGAAAGCACCCGGCCUUCCUAUUGGCUGGGUCUGAAGGCUUGUCGACGUCAGGGUUCCGUGUAGUCUCCGCCCCCCCGCAUCGAGUCAAAAACAACCCUGACAGUCCGGCGCUGCACAGCCGCGUCCAGGCGAGCUCUCGGUCGCUCACCGGGGAGUGGGACAGCGCGGGAGAAAUGGUUUCCCCGGUAACCGUGGUGAAGAGCGAAGGCCCCAAGCUGGUGCCGUUCUUCAAAGCCACGUGCGUUUACUUCGUGCUGUGGCUGCCCACCUCCAGCCCGUCGUGGUUCAGCGCGCUGAUCAAAUGCCUGCCCAUCUUCUGCCUGUGGGUGUUCCUGCUGGCUCACGGCUCCGGCUUCCUCUGCGCCCACGCCGACGCCCGCAAGAUCCUGGCGGGGCUCAUCUUCUCGGCUCUGGGCGACGCCUUCCUCAUCUGGCAGGAGCAAGGCUACUUCGUCCACGGCCUCCUGAUGUUCGCCGUCACCCACAUCCUGUAUUCGUCGGCCUUCGGGAUGAAGCCGCUGAACGUGCGGGCGGGUCUGCUCAUGGCAGCCGUGUCCUUCCUGACCUACGUGCUGCUGUACCCUUACCUGUCGGGGCCCUUCACCUACCUGGUGGCCGUUUACAUGGCUCUGAUCGGCUUCAUGGGCUGGCGGGCCGUCGCCGGCCUGCAGCUGGCCAACGACCUGUGGACCUGGACCAAGCUGUCUGCGUGUCUGGGCGCCGUCCUCUUCAUGGUCUCCGAUCUCACCAUCGCCGUCAAUAAGUUCUGCUUCCCGGUGCCCCACUCCAGAGCCAUCAUCAUGGCCACCUACUACGCCGCCCAGAUGCUCAUCGCGCUGUCGGCCGUCGAGUGCCAGGAUGUGGAGGUCGGCAGGAAGAGGACAUGAGGUCAGCGGGCCGGACCGGCGGCGAGCGAGCACGAACGCGUCUCACUGCCAAAUCCCAGACCCCCCCACUCAUCUCGGUGUGCCCCCCCCCCCCA